AUGGCCUUUCUCGCCCGAGGCGUCAGCCAGUCCGGGCUCUACGGAUGGGCGCCGCCGCGGGAGUUCUGCGGAAGACGGUGGCGGACAGCUCCAGGAACGAGGAGGAAGAGGAGCAGCAGUGUCACAUCUGCCGCCACCCCGCCGAGCCGGAGCGCCCCCUGCGCCUGCCGCGGCAGCAUCCGCUUCGUCCAUGAUGACUGCCAGCUCCAGUGGCUCUCCACCACCUGCCAGCGCCGCUGCGAGGUGUGCGGACAGGAGAUCUCUAUCCGCCCCAUCCACGGCGUGGAUGCCUCGGCCCUGGCAACGCUUGCGAGUCUCAUUGUAUCACUGUUGUGCCUCAUCCUGACAGUCAAGGUUGCCUGGGAGCUCACCAGCCUGUACCUAUGGCGCCUCGCGCUCGCCAGGAGCCGCGCCGAGGCCUUCCGUCUGCUCUCCGUCCGCCCCUUUGAACCUCCUGUCCUUGCUCAACUGGCGCUCCGAGCUGAACGCGUGUUUCACGCAAAGUACGGGGGACGUCGGAGCCGCUGCCAGGUCGCCGUGCUGCGCCUCCUUCAGUUUUCCGUGGCGGUGACAAUGGUUGACAUGGUUCUGGCCUGUACAUCUGCAUUUAUCCCUUUCACACUUGGAAGGAUAAUCCUAUUGUGCACAGGUGAAUUCGACUCCUUUGCUGCAACACCCUCUGUCCUCCUAGUCGGAUAUUGGUUUAUCUUCUCGCUGGCGCUGGGUGCCACUUUCGCUUGGCUUCUUCAUACUACUGGGGGCGUCUUCCCGAGACUCGCCAGGGGCUUCCGCGCGCUCUGCCGUCUACCUGAGCUGGCCUGGGACUUCUGCGUCUAUGACCUUGAUAACCCAAGCAUGCAGACUGGGAGAUCAAGGUGUAGCCGGCUGCGAUCCCACGACUUCCUGUGCUAGAUGGCCCUCUUGAGCAAGCUCCAGCGCACCCUCACCAUCAUGGUCCAGCAAUGCAUCCUCGACACCGUUGACAGCAGCAUCAUCAAGGUGGAAGAACUCCCUCAUGGCCAUGAUCACCUCUGGAGCCAGCUGCUCCUUAAACUUGGCUGUGAAGUCGUUCAAGGUAGCCUCAGUAACAUCUUCUCCGUCUCUUGUGAUUCCCAUUGUGCGACAGACGAGCUUCUCCGCCACCUUGAUAAGUAUGUCGUGGAUGAGCCUAUUGUCAUUGGGCAGAGGUUGGAAGAUGUCGCCGACGGUAGGUGAGAGCGGGGAACUCUGUUUCCAGUAGUUGGUAGGAACAGGGAUCUGGUGAUAUAUACAGUAUAUAUAUGUAUACCAUGCAUACUUAGGAAUAUAUAUAUAGGCCACGUUAUUGAGAUGAUGCUAGGCAUAUAAAUUUCUGGUGAAACUUGUAGAUGUGGAUGCAGUUUCCCAUGUGGAAGUUACCGAGGGUUGCAUCGGUCGGUCAGUUCGACAGCGUCGUUCCUUUUUUGUUGAACUGAACUGAUGUUCGUAAAUUUCUGUCCCUUUUUUCUGUGGACCACUGGCAGGAUAGGCUGAGGAGAAACGAGAUGAUGCUGGUUGCCUUUCUUAAUUUUUGCAAUUCCUUUCAGUUUCACUGGAUGGUUUUUGGUGCAUGCCAGAUAUGCUUUGUCCCUGUCAAAAGGCAUAUAUACUUGUUUGUUUUGGCAGAGUAGCCACUAAAUUUCCCGCAAAAAAAAAAAAGAGAGUAGCCACUAAAUGCUUCAGGCAAUCAGCUUAGAAUUUCUUGUGAGUUUGGGGAAGUUUAUCUUGGAGCCUGUUUUGGCAGAGUAGCCACUAAAUGUUUCAGUCAAUCAGCUUAGAAUUUCUUGUGAGUUUGGGGAAGUUUAACUUGGAGCCUGUUUUGCCAAGAUGUCACAAAUUCAGCACGGAAAUUUGUUUCUUAUAUGCGGUUCUGUUAUCACUCAGAUAUGUUGGGAUUGUGAGCAAAGUGUACCCUACACAAUUUUUGGCUGACCAAAAAAUUAGUG